AGGAUCCCUGCUCAGCGGAGUGAAAUGGAAUGAAUAUUCUGCCAAAGGCUGGAAACUUUCCCUUGUAUGAUUAAGACGUAACGAUUCAGAAACACACACAGCCGUCAAAUAUCGUUUCACUGUCUAUGGCUACACCAUGAAGGCCCAGUUACAGAUAAUCGUGCUCUCUGCCAAGCUGAAGGAGAAUAAAAAGAACUGGUUUGGCCCAAGUCCCUAUGUGGAAGUGUCAGUGGACGGCCAGUCUAAAAAGACAGAAAAAUGUGUCAACACACACAGCCCCAAAUGGAAACAACCGCUCACUGUGAUUGUCACCCCGUUCAGCAAGUUAAUUUUCCGAGUUUGGAGUUACCAGACGCUGAAGGCGGAUAUGUUGUUAGGAAUGGCAUCGGUGGACGUCAGUGAAACGCUGAAAGCCAACGAUAUGAAGAUCUGUGAGGUGGUGCAGACGCUGCAGUUGAGUUCAGAUCGUGACCGGUGUGAGGUGGUGGGGGAUCUGUCUGUGUGUUUGGACGGUAUGCAGGUGGACCCUGAGACAUUCGCGGCAGAGGAGAGAAAGCACAAGGCCCUUGCCAACGGGGAGCCCAAACUGAACGGAGACGUCUCUGCAAGGUCUAGAGAGUCUUCUCCCUCACAGGAUGUCACUGAUGACGCAUCGCUGUCCAACGGCCUGGCGGGGGGCAGUACAGGGUCUCCCUCACUGUCUGGGGACUCUCUGAGACCACCACGUCCUCCAAGACCUCAGCGCGCACCCCCCGCCUCUCCACAAAAACCUGCCUCCUCCACAGCUUCCUCUGCAGGAUCCACUCCGUCUCACGGCAGUGCUGCUCCGAGUCCAGAAACAUCUCCUCGUGUAUCUGUGAAUGGAGGAGACGCAGGGAGUCAGGACUCUAGAGCAGGGUCAAGAUCGGGGUCAAGCCAGACCCCCAGUGUAAGCCCCACACCCCCCAGAGUGUCUCCCAUCAGCAACGGCCCGCUGCCCCCCGGCUGGGAACAGAGAGUGGACCAGAACGGCCGAGUGUAUUACGUCGACCACAUAGAGAAGAGAACCACAUGGGAAAGACCGGAACCAUUGCCUCCUGGGUGGGAACGCCGUGUGGACCCUAUGGGUAGAGUGUAUUAUGUGGACCACAUCAGUCGCAGCACCACUUGGCAAAGGCCCACGGUGGAGUCUGUACGUAACUACCAGGAGUGGCAAAACCAGCAACGGCAGCUUCAAGGAGCCAUGCAACAGUUUAACCAGAGAUUCAUCUACGAGUUGCAGGACCAGCUCCAGCCCACAGCUAAUAAAGAAUUUGACCCAUUGGGUCCUCUACCACAGGGAUGGGAGAAGCGGACAGAUACCAAUGGCAGGAUGUAUUUUGUACACCACCCAACUCGCAGCACGCAAUGGGAGGAUCCUCGCACACAGGGGCUGCUGAACGAGAAGCCUUUGCCUGAGGGUUGGGAGAUGAGGUUUACUGUGGAUGGAAUCCCAUACUUCGUGGACCAUAACAGGAGAACCACCACUUACAUCGAUCCUCGUACCGGCAAAUCCUCCCUGGAGAACGGUCCUCACAUUACCUAUGUGCGGGACUUCAAGGCCAAGGUGCACUACUUCCGCUUCUGGUGUCAGCAACUGUCAAUGCCACAGCACAUUAAGAUCCACGUCAACCGUAAGACGCUAUUUGAGGAUUCCUUUCAGCAGAUCAUGAGUUUCCAUCCUCAGGACCUGAGACGGAGAUUAUGGAUUAUAUUCCCUGGAGAGGAAGGCCUGGAUUACGGAGGAGUUGCCAGGGAAUGGUUUUUCCUGCUCUCUCACGAGGUGCUGAAUCCCAUGUACUGUCUGUUUGAGUACGCUGGCAAAGAUAACUACUGUCUCCAGAUCAACCCUGCCUCCUCCAUCAACCCAGACCACCUCAAAUACUUCAGGUUCAUUGGACGAUUCAUCGCCAUGGCCCUGUUCCACGGCAAGUUCAUUGACACUGGAUUCUCUCUGCCAUUCUACAAACGCAUCCUCAACAAACCGCUUGCUCUGAAAGACCUGGAGUCCAUCGACCCAGAAUUCUACAACUCCCUCAUCUGGAUCAAGGAGAAUAACAUAGAGGAGUGCGGUUUGGAGAUGUACUUCUCUGUGGAUAAGGAGAUUCUGGGUGAAGUCACCACUCAUGAACUCAAACCUGAUGGAGGGAACAUCCAGGUCACAGAGGAGAAUAAAGAAGAAUAUAUCAGGUUGGUGGCAGAGUGGAGGUUGUCCCGAGGGGUGGAGGAACAGACUCAAGCUUUCUUUGAAGGCUUUAAUGAAGUCCUGCCCCAGCAGUACCUACAGUACUUUGAUGCUAAGGAACUAGAGGUGAUGUUGUGUGGGAUGCAGGAGAUAGACCUGGCUGACUGGCAGAGAAACACUAUCUACAGACAUUACGCCCGGAGCAGCAAACAGAUCGUCUGGUUCUGGCAGUUUGUCAGAGAGAUGGACAACGAGAAACGGAUGAGACUUCUGCAGUUUGUGACUGGGACCUGCCGACUUCCUGUGGGGGGCUUCACUGACCUCAUGGGGAGCAAUGGGCCACAGAAGUUCUGUAUAGAGAAAGUGGGGAAGGAGAACUGGCUCCCCAGAAGCCACACAUGCUUUAAUCGUUUGGAUCUGCCUCCUUACAAGAGCUACGAGCAACUCAAGGAAAAACUGAUGUUUGCAAUUGAAGAGACAGAGGGUUUUGGCCAAGAGUGACAUACGUGUGCACACACACACACAAACACACAAACACACACACACACACACACACACACACAGGUACACACAUACGCACACUCAUUCACACACAAAACACACAUAGAGCAGCAGCACACAGCAUCAUCAGUGGUGUGUCUUCGUAGCAGCAGGGAUCGUCUGUGGGUAUCACCUGCAUGGAGGGGGCUGGAUCAAAGAAUGACAAGAAAAAGGCAGAUUCAAUCCUUCAUCCUUUUUGUUCAGACUGUCGAAUGCAAGCCCCAUCUCUUCUUUUGUCUCCCUUUCUUUCUGAUGCACUAUGUGAGAAAUUGGACAAAGACAUCAGAGACUUUUUUGCCCAUACAAUGCUGAAUGAGUCAUACUGGCUCAAUACUGAACCAAUGAACAUCACUGCUCAGGUUAUGCAACCUGCUCUCCUGGUUGGCCAGAUCAACGUGUGGAACUGCUUAACUGUUUUACCUUUAACACACUCGUAGUUUGUUUACAGACUGAUUUCUCUCUCUCUCUCUCUCUCUCUCUCUCUCUCUCUCUCUCUCUCUCUCUCUUUCUUUCCUUCUUUCCCUCUCUCUUUUUUUUUUGUGAAGUGUACCACGAGAUGUGAAGAGUCAGUGUGAUUUGCACAGAGUCCAUGUGAAAUAACUCAAACUAAUUGUGAAACAUAUGGGUAAUGGGUUCAUGAACUGGGACAUUUUAUUAUGCCGCGAUGCUUGAGCUCACCAGUGCUGUAAGACCAGUUAACAAAUUCUGUGUUAAUUGACCAGGUCUUUGGAGUGGCUGUGCUUAAAACUGGAAUUCCCUGCUUGUAUGGAGCAGGGGUACAGAAUCUUGUGAGAGUGUGAAAUUGUUUUUACGGCUUCAGUAAAGGCUGUUUAUUUAGAGCCAGGACUGGGCUAAUGAGCAGAGGUUUCAAACUGUGACUGGUUGUCUGCAGAAAAAAAAGAAAAGAAAAUCCUUAAUCUCUGUGUGUGUGUGUGUGUGUGUGUGUGUGUGUGUGUGUGUGUGUGUGUGUGUGAGUGUGAGAGAGACAUGCUGCACUUAGACAGGCAGGUAGGUUAGAGCAGGUUUAUAUUGCUAAGACAUUGGCCUACUCUUGUUAGUUUGAAAACGCACUUGUCACUUUGUAGUUUCUGCAUCUAAACCUGAAUUUCACAUGAUCACUCCAGGAGGUGGUCAGGUUUUUUUUUUUCCCCUUAAAGUCCUGAUGAUGUGGGAGGAGUUAACCCAUGAUAACUGCAGCGUUUGCUUAUUACUCCCACUGAGUGGUACUUAAUUAAACAACAACAACAAAAACAGUCACAUUUUUGUGCAUUUUGACUACCGAACCAAGACCGUUCAGUUUGAUCCAGGUUUUUAGUCUCAGUCUACGGAUAGCAUAGUCAGUGUUGUGAAAAUUCACAUCAGUACAGGAUAAAUGAACCUCACAUUAAAAAAAACCUGAUAUAUCCAAAGAUUGUCUCCUGGCCUCUAACCCUGAGGGUGAUAGCUGGCUUCAUUAGUGUAAUGGACAUAGAAAAACAUCAGACGUGUGUGAGUUGAUACUGAGGUAGGGGCAGAAUGAGUUGACCAUUGUUUGACUACUCUAGGGAGCUCUUUUAUGAAUAUGCAGUGACUGUACAAAAGUAUUUCCAUGCAAAAUAUCAGAUGAUUGCCUCAAGCUUCUUUUUUUUUUUUCUUUUGACUGAGGCCAUCUUUUGUUUUCCAAAACUACUGUGAAUUACAACGCUUAUUUUAGUUGAUUUUGCUCUUUUGUUUCUUUUUUGCUGUGAUAUAAAGUUAAAGUUUUCCAGAAUUGUGUGUGUGUGUGUGUGUGUGUGUGUGUGUGUGUGUGUGUGUGUGUG